AUGCUGCGCCCCACCCACGCUGUGCUCCGCCCGAAUGUGGUGGUGGUCGGCACCGGAUGGGCCGGUGCGUACUUCACACGCUAUGUGGAUCCCAAAUUGGCAAACCUGGAAGUUCUUUCCAUACGGAAUCAUCACGUGUUUACUCCCCUUCUUCCCCAAACCACAACAGGAACGUUGGAAUUUAGAGCUGUGUGCGAGCCCAUCUCACGCAUUCAACCUGCUCUCGCGAGCCUACCCAAUCGUUUUUACCGUUGUGUAGUUCAUGGUGUCAACUUUGACGAGAAGGAGGUCAACUGCGUUGGUGUUGGUGUUGUUGACUCCAGUUUCAAAGCGGCCGUGCAACCGUUUAACGUAAAGUACGAUAAGCUCAUCUUGGCGCAUGGCGCACGGGCAAACACCUUCAAUGUUCCAGGUGUUUUCGACAAUGCUUUUUUCCUUCGAGAGGUUAAUGAGGCGCGUGGAAUUCGAAAGCGUCUGGUGCAAAAUAUUAUGGUGGCAGAUUUGCCUACCACUGACCUGGAAGAGGCCAAGCGUCUGCUGCAUGUUGUUGUUGUUGGUGGAGGCCCCACAGGUGUUGAAUUUGCCGCGAGUGUGGCCGAUUUCUUUCGCUCUGAUGUUCGCAAAAUUAACCGCAAUCUCGUCAACCUCUGCAAGGUUACCGUGCUUGAGGCGGGCGAGGUAUUUGGCACGUUUGAUCUCCGGGUUCGAAAUUGGGGAAAGCGCCGACUGGAUGCGCUUGGCGUGGAGAUCGUCAAGGGUGCCGUGGUGGCCGUAAAUGAUAAGGAGGUGAUCACGAAGGACGGCGCCGUGGUUCAUACCGGCCUGGUAGUCUGGAGCACCGGCGUUGGUCCUUCCGCACUGACCAAGGACUUGGAUGUGGACCGUACGUCGCGCGGUCGCAUCUCCAUUGAUGAUCAUUUGCGGGUGCUUCGCAAAGGGGUGCCUCUUCCCGAUGUAUACGCCAUUGGCGACUGUGCCGCAAACGAGAAGCUUCCCUUACCCACGCUCGCCGCCGUUGCUUCUCGACAGGGCACCUACCUUGCAAAGCAGGUGAAUGGGGAGCUAUCCAAUAAGCCCGUCACAGCACCGUUUGAGUACAAGAGUCUAGGCUCUAUGGUGAGUCUAGGCGAUCGUGCCGCCGUUGUGGAGUUGAACGUGGCAGGCAAAGUCGACUUGGUGGGUCUAAAGGCCCUCUAUUUCUGGCGCAGCGCCUACCUCAGUAUCCUGGGCUCGUGGAGGAAUAAACUGUAUGUGCUGGUGAACUGGGCGGGGAGCGCCAUCUUCGGCCGUGACACCACCUUCAUUGGCGAUCUCAGCGAGGACCGCGUGUGGCGCUCGCUGGCGACGGAGGAGGUUUCACGCGAACGUGCCAAGCAAAAGGCCGUUGCCAAGCUGAAGGGGAUGGAGGCGAAGCGUACCAUCACCUCCGAGGCUCUCGAAAAAGGGGCAGAGAGGGGAUACCUUUUCCGUAAGAGCGGCAAAACAGAGGAGACUGCCCCUGCGGAUGCAAAAAAAUGA